AAGGAAAUCCAUAGCAGGUUCUUGCAGAACAAAUUUGAACUCAUCAGACGCUUGGUACCUGAGAGAAGAGCAGCUGUUCUGGUUUUGAGAUUCUGCAUGAUGCCAAACUGGAUAUGUUGUAAUUCCUGCUUUCAUCAUCCUCCGGCUGCCGACUACAGACUUGCUGUAACGACUUGCGGCCACAUUAUCUGCCAGAAUUGCUUUCAGAAAGGCAACCAAGGAGAAUGCCUGAUUUGUAAAGCACAAUGCCAAGUUUCUCCCCUCUCAGACAAAAGCAGACCAGAAGUAAAGGCCCUCUUUGCUGAUGUCAGUGUUGUUGCAAACAAAUACCUUUCUGAGAUAAGCAAGGUUUUAAUAUUUCAGAUGAGACACCAAAAGAGUCUACUUUCAUAUUUCAGACAGAGGAACAUGAAACUAGAAAGAAGUCAUAAACAAGAUGCAACAAGAGAUGCAGAUAAUAAACAACGUGAAAGCAGGUCAGCAGUCUGUCCGGAUUGCCCCCUCUUUGGGUGCCUCAAUGCCAAGGUCGAUCAAAUGGACAUGGAUAGCCAGGUUCUGUACAGGAAGCCGGAGAUUUCCGGAAGCAUGCCCAGGCUGUCAUUGAUCAGUCCGCCUAUGGAUGGGCGGAUGGGUACUGUCCAGCACAGAUCAAACAGCCAGACCUCCCUAGUGACGCACUCUGCCAAGUCUGCAACAGUCAGCAGAGACAAGCCGUAUAAGCGCUCUGGCUACUCGCAGAGCACUUUGACCACACCGUCCUCAACCCUAUCCUACAGGAGAGAGGUGGCCUGGGAGACCCCCUCUUUCAACCCCCCGCCACCUUUCCGCCACUCUUCGCUGUCAUCUUUGUCACGGGCUCUGCCCCUACUCAGCCUCCAGGGACGUAUGCCAAAGUGAGCCCUGGUAGGACCCAUCUACGCAACACCACAGAUGUUAAGAGCAGGGAAGACAGAAGAAAGAGAGGGAGAGGCCAACAUGGAUAACCAGUUAAUGUGUCUUGCCAUACAUGAAAUGAAAUGAUCUAUUGAGAGCCUGUACGAGAAGUUCAGUUUCUCUUCAAGCAAGUGAAUAUUUAUUGCUUUUUCCACCUGUUUCAUUCUAGUGUUCCUGUUAGGGGAAUAUCUCCUGUAGUUUGUUAACUUCACAGUGAGGAACACCUGAUACACGUGUAGAGCCUUUUGUAGUGUGAUAGAUACUUUUAAAUGUUUAUGUAUAUAAUGCUAUUGAGGGGGAAAUGUCAUAAAAAAUUUUGUUUAUUGAAGGUUUCUUAAUG